AAAUGGUUCAAAAGUAACGUUCUUCGGGGCAGCAUUGAUAAAUCGGAACGGAAACAAUUCAUUGUGUACGGUGUAAUAAUCUAUCGUAAAAACAGAUGUUGGCUUGUGGCAAUUUGUGCGCAUCACAAUGGUGAUUUCAUGUGCGCCCUAUUAAUCUCGUGCAAGUGAAUACGACGUAAUAUCCGUCCUAUACGAAGCAGAAGUAAACAAAAGAGGUGUCACUUGAACGCAACAGCGACAAACGAAUGGGGGAAAUAUAAGCCCAUGAACGAUUGAGAUGUGAAAAUCUAACUUCUAGCAGGACCCUCACUUUCCCUGUUAAGUUGGCAUAGGUGUCGCAAUUAACACUUCUCCGGCUUCAAACUACUUUGGGAUGAAGUGCUGCUGACGAUCGCUAGAAACAACAUUCCACAAGAAUCACCGCCAGAGAGGAGCAUCGCGUUCAGACGACUGAGUUUCGAAGCCAACGUGGCACAGAAAGACUGUUUUUAGAACUCUUUUGACUAAAAUGGGGAACGUACUGAAUAAGCUGAGCGAUGUUUCGCAAUCGAUGCGUGGCCGUAAGCGGAAGCGUGAGGCAGACGACGGUGGCGAAAGUGGCGUCGGUAGUGAUCUGUUGGAUAAAUCACUCCAGUCUCCGAAGCGGAAGAAGCUAACCUCGACGGCAAAGUACAUCUACCAGGCACUGUUUAAGGAGGAACGCAAUUCGGACAUUACUGUGCACGCCCUGGGGAAGCAGUGGCAUCUGCAUAAGGUGUACCUGAGCCAGAGUCCGUACUUUGCCAGCAUGUUUAAUGGAUCGUGGCGUGAGGCGGACGAUGACUAUGUGCACAUUGAAAUCAUCGACCCGAAGAUCACGAUCCCGUCGCUGUACUCUGUGUUCGGUUCGCUGUACAUGGACGAGAUUGUGCUGGAGCCGAAGGAGGUCAUUUCUACGCUCGCCACGGCCACUCUCUUCCAGCUCGACAGUCUCAUCGAUCGGUGUGCCGAGGUGAUGGUGGAGACGAUAAAUGCUGAGACGGCCGUGUUGUAUUAUGAAGCUGCCUGUGAGUAUGGCGUAAAGGUGGUCAAACAAACCACCUACAGAUGGCUGCUGGUGAAUCUACUCAGUGUUUACUUUCGCGCGGCCAAGUGGCUACGACUAAUAAGUCCCGAACUCAUGGAGCAGCUUAUCUCCAACGCGGACCUGUACGUCGUCCAGACCGAGUUCUCACUGUACCAGUUGCUUCGGUUUUGGAUGAGCUUAAAACUGUUCCCGGAUGUAGAACCAACAAUAGAACCGGGUAAGAAUCCGGGCGUGGACGACCCGAUUGUGUGCUACUUUGCCGAGCGAACCAGUAGCGUGCCAUUCCUCUACACCGGCGAAGGGGCUCCCUUCGAGCGAGUGUUCCGCGCGUUGAGACUGCGCCACCUGCUUAACCACCACGUUGACAUCAAGAUUAUACGGCAGGAUAACAUUAUUCCGAUCGAAUGGCUGCACAAACCACUGUUUCAGCAGUGGAACAGUGUGCUGAUGAUCGACCAGUCGCUCGACAGGCAGAUCGAGUGUGACGAUCGCACGUUCCUCGAGUCGUGUAUCCGUUGCGGUCGAAUACUGACUGCGAACGAGAGUUCAAAAUGGCGCUGGACUGGUUUCCACUAUGGGCUCGAUCUGCUGCUGAUCUCGGACACACGAACGCUACGCAUUAAACGUCACCAUCGAACGGAAAACGAGCGUUUGCUAAGUCUGCAGGUGAAGCGCCAGUUUUUGAUACGCGUUUCCCUGACGUCCCUGAACGAGCUACGCCAGAUCAAGCACCAACAGACCACCCAGAUCGUGUCGGUGUCGUUGGAAAAGAACGAGGAAGCUCCGCUGGUUGUGUUCGACCCAGAGCUCACUUUUCCGAUGCUCAUUUCCGUCAACAUGAUGCUCGACUCGCCGCCGGUGAAAGUAACCACCAGCUUACCGGCCCUCAGCGAUGCGUCCGAAACGACCGACCCUACACCGGGCCCAGCUGGAGACACGCUGGCACAAAUUCCAUCAUCUUCGCAAGCUUCAACCUCACCAAGCAUCGGGCGCCGUAUGACCGCCCCGGGAUCGUCCGGAAAUGUUACGGUGGAAUCUUUGGAUGGGUCUGCGAGCAGCUCGAACCGGAUGGCGCUUGUGAACGAAUCCUGACUGGAGGUGAUACGGUGACGAGCGAAGCGCACGAAUGAUGCAAGGCGAUAGAGUGCCGUGCAACGCAUUCCUAAGGUAUUCAAGCGUCACCACCAACUGAUGGAAGUGUACUUAGUGGCGCAUUGUGAAACUAGUUCUGUGGUUCGGAAAUUGAGCGAAUUUUGGAAACCGGAUGGCAAAAAAACGUGAUACACGCAAAGCAGUGCAAGCUGGUUAAUUUCGAGAACGCACAGGUAAAAGUGCCAUUAAUUAAAGAUUGUGUCUUGUGUUAUUUCCCGGUGAGAAUUUAUUGUAGGCAGAUGUGUAUUAUAUAGAUAUGUAUUUACUAUAUUAACGAUGGCGCUGUCUCUUACGUUGCAUAUGUAGGUAGGCCAUUUUUUAUUACUAUUAACAUCAGGAAUUUUGCACAUAGAGCAAAUAUGUGCAGAUAUGAAGAAUUUUUGGAAUGAAUUUGUAUGAAAAGUCAUUACUAACGCAGUAACCAUAGGAGCUCGUUCGGGUCCCGUGUUUUGAUGGUGCCCUGCAUCCUAUUAUGAUGUUUCUAUCAACCAUCCAGUAGGCAGUGGUGUUUGCGGACACCCGGUGCAUUUGUACAAGGAUCGAAAAUGAAGCGAUCGAUUGCGAUUCCAUACCACUGCUAAUGGUUAAGUUUGAUUUGUUUAACAACAUGCCACUAAUAUCGGUUUAAGGUACUGAUCCACGAAUAACAAACAUGUUUGUCAUGGAAAUGUUAAACGAAUCAUAGGGGUUAUCAUGAAAUCUCGUUUAUAACAUUAACGUCGUAAACUCGUGUACCAUAAUGUUAGGUAAGGUAACUUUAACCAUCACACGUGCGAUAAAAAGGUGCAUCUAAUCAUUCGAACUUUAAGUCGUUUUCUCUCAUAUAAAUCAUUACUUUCUGCAGCUUGCGAGCGCAAACUAUAAAGGUAGUAAAAUAAUUAUUGGUAUGAUGAAUUUCAAACAAUGUCAUCAAGUGUCUGU